CACGCGCGACCGACGUCGCCGCGACCGACCCACGGCGUCCACGCGGUCGCGACGCGCGCGUCGAAUCCAUCCCAGACAGAGUUCCGCGCCGAGCGCGAACGAGAAGAAAGCCCUCCGACCGAUCGCUCGAGAUUCGGAAUGACUUUUAAAGACGCCGCCUCGGCCGUCGCGACGCUCGGAAAUUCCGAUGACGAAGCGACGAAGAUUUCGGUGAUAAACGCCAUCGGUGCCGCGAUGACGUCCUCGGCUGAUGUUUCGGCGCACGCGGAGAUCACGCUGAGCGAACCGCUCGUCGCGGCGCUCCUCGCCGCGUCGGCGGACAAAAAGUCGAGCGACGUGUGCGCCGCCGCCUCGGCGACGCUUCAAACGUUGGCGACGAAAGCGCACGAUUUCGUCGUCGGCGCCGCGAUCAUUCCGGCGACUCUCGCCGCGCUCGAUCCGAAGGAGCGCUGGCAGACGCAAGUCGCCGCCGCCGAAGUGUUGUCCAAGCUCUCCGACUGCGCGCCGCAAGCCGUCGCGUCGAACAUGAUCUCCAUCUUGCCCGUCGUCACGUCCAUGGUGAACGACGCCAAGAAGGAGGUCGCGGAUGCGACCAGAAAGGCUCUCGAGCGUCUGUGCCACACCAUCGACAACCGCGACGUCGAACCGUUCAUUUCGGCGAUGGUUGAGGCGACGAUUGAUCACGAGAAAACCGACGAGUGCGUGCAAAAGCUCGCGUCGACGACCUUCGUGCAAACCGUCACGGCGGCGCCGUUGGCGUUGAUCUCGCCGAUUCUCCUCUUGGGGUUCCGCGCCAGGACGACCGCGACCAAGCGCAUGUCCGCCGUCAUCGUGAACAACAUGUCCAAGCUCGUGGAGGAUCCCGAGGACGCGGCGCCCUUCUUGCCCAACCUCUUGCCCGCGGUGUCCAAGGCGUCGGACCAAAUCUCCGAUCCCGAGGCGCGCACGGUGUGUGGCAAGGCUUGUGAGCAGUUGCAAUCGAUCGAGGACCGAUUGAAGGACGCGUCUUUCAAGUCCAAGCGAGCCGUCUUCGACGUCGUCAAGGGCGAGGUGGACAAGCACCUCGGCGCCAAGUUCGACGCUUCGUUGUCCACGUAUUACACCACCAUCGCCUGCGCGUUGGUGAACGCGAAGUGCCAUGACUACGAUUACGAGGAAGCGUUCAAGUCGUUCGACGCCGUCAAGGAAGUUCGCGCGCUUCACGAAGCCUUGGACAAGAUUUACGGCGACGUCGAAGUCGACGACGACGACGACGACACCGCCGACGUCUUGGCCGAUUGUCAGUUCACCUUGGCGUACGGUUCAAAGGUUUUGUUGCACAACACCAAGUUGAAGCUCAGGCGUGGCCACAAGUACGCCCUUCUCGGCGGUAACGACAGCGGUAAGUCGUCGCUCAUGCGCGCCAUCGCCAACGAACAAGUUGAAGGCUUCCCGCCCGCCACCGAGCUUCGCACCGUCUUCGUCGAAGCCGACAUCAUCGGCGAGCUUUCCGAUUUGCCGUGCGUGGAUUACAUUCUGGCCGAUCCGCGCAUCAAGGCGGCGGGCAUUUCCGAACAGACGGUGGAGAAGAUGCUUCUCAACGUCGGCUUCGGUGAGAUGCAAAACGGCGCGCGCAACUUGGUCACCUUCCUUUCGGGCGGCUGGCGCAUGAAACUCGCGCUCGCGCGCGCGAUGUGCUUGAACGCGGAUAUUUUGCUCAUGGACGAACCCACGAACCACUUGGACGUGAUGAACGUGAAGUGGGUCGAAGAGUACUUGAAGUCUCUCACCGACGUCACCGCGAUUUUGGUUUCGCACGACACCGGCUUUGUCGACCGCGUGUGCAACAACAUCAUCUCCAUCGAAAACUUGAAGUUGAAGCAGUUCCGAGGUAACUUGACCGAGUUUGUCGAGAAAAAUCCCAAGGCGAAGUCCUUCUUUGAGCUCAAGAGCUCGACCGGUUUCGUCAUGCGCUUCCCACAACCGGGUUACAUCGACGGCGUCAAGUCCAAGGGCAAGCCGCUGAUGAAGAUGGCGCACUGCACGUACACUUACCCGGUGAACAACGCGCCAACCGUGAAAGAUGUCACCGUGCAAGUCUCUCUCGCCUCGCGAGUCGCGUGCGUCGGGCCGAACGGUGUUGGCAAGUCGACGAUGAUUAAGCUUCUCACCGGAGAAAUCGUCCCGCAAGAGGGCACGGUUUGGAAGCAUCCGAACGCGCGCGUGGCGUACGUCGCCCAGCACGCGUUCCACCACAUCGAGCAGCACUUGGACAAGACGCCGAAUGAGUACAUUCGCUGGCGUUACCAGCACGGCGACGACAAGGAAGCUUUGGUCAAGGACACGAUGACGCUCACGGAUGAAGAGCGCGAGCGCUGCAAGCAGCCGAUCAUGAUUGACCUCGGAAACGAUGAGAAGGGCAACCCGAUCAAGCUCAAGAUGGCCAUCGAAAAACUCACCGGCGGUCGCAAGCAAGUGAAGAAGGAGUACGAGUACGAAGUGCAAUUCGUCGGUCGUGAUUACAACUCGAACCGCUACUUGCAAGCGUCCAAGCUCGCGAAGUGGGGCUUCGAAAAGCACAUGAAAAUUGUGGACGAAAAGGUCGCCGCUCGCGCGGGCGCCAUGCACACUCCGUUAACGACGGCGAACGUCGAGAAGCACCUCGAAGACGUCGGCUUGGACAAGGAGUUUGGCACCCACACUCGCAUGGGUGCGCUUUCCGGCGGGCAAAAGGUCAAGGUCGUCAUCGCGGCGUCCAUGUGGAACUGCCCGCACAUCGUCAUUCUCGACGAACCGACCAACUACUUGGAUCGCGAUUCCCUCGGCGCGCUCGCGGGUGCGAUUCAAGUCUACGAAGGCGGUGUCGUCAUGAUUACGCACAACAACGAGUUCUGCUCUGCGCUUUGCCCGGAGACUUGGCUCAUGGAG